AUGACCGUUAUGAACGAUCUGGUGUGCAACGCGUUUUUUCAAGUGUCCGAAGAAGCAGGAAAGCUUGUGAAGGUACCUUUUAGAUUCCUCCACUAUACUGGCUUCACCAUCUCGAUCCCAUCACUAGACCUAAGCGCUCGACAGCUCUCCCUUCACUAGAAUCCUCCACCUUCUUCAAGUACUUCCUCCUUCAGUGCGCGCCCCCUCCGCUCCUCUUCAGCCUGAUCAGGAUGCUCACCUGGCGGAGCUGAUCAGCGGGAGAGAAGUCGGAGCCAAGGCGCCGCGGAAUUUAAAAGACUAAAGCGCACAGUCAAGCUCUUGGGAAUAUUUUUUUUUAUUUCUCUAUUUUGGGAUAAAAUCAAAAUUUUCAUGUUUGGGGCAUCGAGUCUGAAGUUUCGAAUUUGAAGCUCCGAAUUUGAAGCUUUGAGCCUGAAAAGCUUUGGGCCCGAAUUUCGAAGAGCGAAUUUGAAGCAUCGCGCCCCAGUUCUUAGGCCCGAGGCGGAAGCUUUAGGCUUGAAGUUUGGGGCUCUGUUUGAAUAGCAAUUUUUUGUGUUAAAUUCCAAAGUUUUGGUCUGAAAUCCAAAAUGUUGAUUUUAACGCCUAGAAUUUAUAGUAGAUUGCAUCUCUGCGAUAAUUGCUAAUAUUUAUACCAUGCCAGGGAUGUCCAGCCAUGGGGCCAGUGGGUUCGUGUGUAACACUUCGUGCGUGGCGCUUCUUGUGCUCAUCGUGUGUUGUGUUUGUUAGUUUGUUGGCUGGUUGGUAUGUUGAUUGGAAUAUUAGAGAGCGCAAAAGGCUGCUACGGGGGCCGCCUAUCUUUGGUUCCGGUGUUUUUGGAGCAAGCGUUUUUGCUUCGGGUGUAUGUUUUUGGUUUGGGUGCUUUUGUCCAGGUGUUUUGGGUUCCAGUGUUUUUGGUUCAAGCGUUUCCGUUUCAAGAGUUUUUGGCGCCAGUGCCUUUUGGUUAAGGUGUUUUUAGUUCUUGUGCCUAUUGUUCAGGCGUUUUGGGUUCCUGUGUUUUUUGUUCGAGUGUUUUCGGUUGAGGUGUUCGUGAUUUGGAGGUUUGAGGGGAAAUUGUUCGAGUCCUAUUUUGCUCUUAGUAUUAGAGAAUGAAAAUCUUCCUUUCUACACUACUUAGCUUCGCCUUCACCUUCAUGAUCCUGAAAAAGUCUCACUUUCACUAUCACUUCCUCAGAUGGACAACCGAGAUACGAUGAACGCUCGUGACAUCAACUGCGCAGUGCGGUUGAUUCUUCCAGGAGAGCUUGCUCAGCAUUCAAACGAUGAGGGGCAAUCAGCACUAAAACACUACGAGCAACAUUCGAAGAAGAAUGGUGAACAUCCGCAGUAA